AUGCCUUGGUCCCGGACAGCGACACAGCUGAUGCUGCCCUUACGAUCGCUUGCCAGGGGGGUUUUGGCGCGGCCUGGUCCAUUUCCCAUCGUCCCUUUUGUCCUUCCUGGUAGCUACACCCCAGCCUGUCAUAUUCCCUCACCAUGCACGCCUCAGGUUCGACAUAGUUCCCACUCGCCGCUGGGGGCUGCACCGGUGAACCCCCGGAAAAAGGUGACGAUGCAGACCUUAAGGAGUCUCUACAAGAAGGGAGAACCGAUCACAAUGCUCACCGCGCAUGACUUUCCCAGUGGCCAUGUUGCCGACGCAGCUGGGAUGGAGAUGAUCUUGGUCGGGGACAGUCUGGCCAUGGUCGCCCUUGGGAUGGAGGACACGAGCGAGGUGUUAAUGGAAGAGAUGUUACUGCAUUGUCGGAGUGUAGCGCGCGCGGCUAAAAGCGCUUUCACGGUUGCAGAUCUCCCCAUGGGCUCGUAUGAAGUGUCGCCGGAACAGGCUAUUCAAUCGGCCAUUCGCAUGGUGAAAGAAGGUCGCGUCCAGGCCGUGAAACUCGAGGGAGGCGAGGAGAUGGCGCCGACCAUUAAGCGGAUUGUGCAGGCUGGAAUCCCUGUUGUGGGACACAUCGGACUCACCCCUCAACGCCAGAAUGCUCUGGGAGGCUUCAGAGUGCAAGGAAAGUCGACAGCCGGUGCGUUACGGUUGCUCAAAGACGCUUUGGCUGUGCAAGAGGCUGGCGCAUUCAUGGUUGUAGUCGAAGCGGUACCGGCUGAGAUUGCUGCGAUCAUCACUGAAAAGCUCUCUGUCCCCACUAUUGGUAUCGGCGCAGGCAACGGCUGUUCCGGACAGGUGCUGGUGCAGAUUGAUAUGACUGGCAAUUAUCCUCCCGGUCGUUUCCUCCCCAAGUUCGUCAAGAGAUACGCCGAUGUUUGGGGCGAGAGCAUCAAAGGGAUCGAACAGUACAGAGAGGAGGUCAAGAGUCGCGCGUACCCCUCGCAGGAGUACACUUACCCGAUAGCCAAAGAGGAACUCGCGGAAUUUGAGAAGGCUGCUGACCUGAUCAAGCGCUCCUGA